AUGGAGGACGAAGGAGGAGGCGCGGGCAGUGGGGUUGAGGCGGCGCGAACCUGCGCAGACGCCACGCAGAGUCCGCACAGAAGCGUGGAGAAGACAGAGACAGAGGACUCCUGCUUGGGCGCCGCAGCGGAGAGGACGGGAGCGCCGCCGGCGCAGGAUCUCGGCGGCAGACUGGAGGUAGCGCGAGAAGCGGAGGGCCUAGCUCGCACAGCCUUGACGCCGCAGCAUUGCGAAGGGGUUGAGCACAGGGGCGACGCGCUCCCUGCCGUCUCAAUCCCCUCCACCGAUGUCGCUGCGAAACAGUACUCAAUCGCACAACAGAUCAGAGGGCACGACGCUGGCGUGGACCUGGUCGAGUUCGCUCAGAUACCGAACGCGCCUGCGGCGAGUCAGCCUUCGAAGGAAUUUCCAGUUUUGAAAGUGUCCGCGUCCUCCUCCCCACCGCAGCAUUCUACUCCUGCAUGCUCGCAUUCUACUCAUCCCCCCCAGUCCUCCGCGUCCUCCGCCGACAACCAAGAGCGACGCGAUCAGCUCCCGUCGGGCGCGGCUGGAGUUGCCUCGAACGCACAUUCGGAUUCGCCUUCGCUUGCGUCUCUGUCUCCGCCUUCGGGCGACGGCUCCGCCUCGCCGCUCCAGCCGGUGAAACUCUUCUCCGGGGGUGAAGGCGACGCUGCGGGCGCGAGGACGGGACCGGCGCGAGGCCCACAGGGCGAGCCGGCGCUGCUGCGUUUCCAGCGAGCGCUCGAGAGAGUGCAGAAGGAAGACAGCUGGACUGCAUGCGCCUUGGCUCGUGAGGCGCAAGGGGCUUUGCGAGUGCAGGCCGCCAGCGAGUGGGUCGAGCGCGAGGCCGAGCGGAGGCGGAAGCGGCGACGCAGAAGCGGAGACAGAGGCGCCGCGAGAGAACCGCGCGGCGCCUGCGUCCAGACGUGCGCCGAAGCAGGCGCGCAGGCGCCACGCGAGGAGACUCCGAAGGAUGGGGAGGCCUGCUGGGGGACGGGCGGAGGAGAGGUGAUGCAAAGCAGUUGGGAAAUUCGCGGGCGCGAGACGAGCCAGAGGGAGGCGGAUCUGCGCCGGGCUGAAGGCGACGCAGGCCGCCCCCGGGAGGGUGAAAAGGCGGACCAAGAUGGGGGGGACGAACGAGGAGGAGACAGCGAAGGAGCCGCCAGCGCAGACUCGGCGUACUACGACAGCGACUGCGACUCGAUGUACGAGGAGGCUCCCGAGCUUGAGCCGGAGGACGCCGGCGUUCAGAAGCACAUCCUUGAAGACAAAGAGGACGCUUCCGUCUCCCUCGUAGACGCGUGGCGACAGAUUCAGCAGCUCUGCCGCUCUGUCUCAAGCCCCGCGCAGUCGGAGAACGCUGCUGCAGCCGCUGCGGCGUCAUCUUCCGCGUCGCCUUCGUCCUCGUCGGCGGCCCUCUCAGAAGAAGAAAAACAGGCCGUGAGAGCUCUGGCUUUCAGGCAGCUGGCCCCGCGCGCCUGGAACGACAACCUGGAGCUGCACUGCGCGGUCUGCGAAAAUGUGAAGGAGUCGCCGCACGCGGCGACAAUGCUCGUGUGCGAGGGCUACUGCCAACGGGCCUUCCACCCUGCGUGCGUGGGGCUCGGCGCGCUCGAGCUUGACUGGGCGGACGAAGACGAACCGAGGACGCGCGCCUUUUCCUUCCAGUGUGAGGACUGCUGCGAGGACGUCUUGCGAUGCAGCUGCUGCGGUCUGCGCAAGCCGCGGCGUCAGCUGGCGCGCUGCAGCCACAUGCUCUGCCGGCGCUUUUUCUGCUGGCCUGCGUGCGUGGAGAACUCCCCGCACGUCUCGCCCUUUCAGCCGGGGCCCCUCGUGCCGUCUCUGCCUCUGGAGUGCGUGGACUUGCUCGUGCGUAGCCGCGGCGACAGCUGCGCCAAGUCGCUGCUGCAGCACGUUCGCGCGUAUCGGCAAGAGCAGGGUCCUGCAAGCCACGGCUCUCCUGCGUCAAGCCGCCUCCACGUUUCGCCGUCUGCUUCGGCGGGUCCCUGCUCGCUCGGCCUGCCGUCGCCGCCGCACCCGAGCCUCGCUGCAGAAUCUUCGGCGCUCGGGUGUGCGGCGGCGGUGCCUGCACGGGGCGCCGCUGCCGCGCCAGAGGCCGACGCCGCGCGAGACGACCCCGGCGAGACCCAGAUGCGCAGCCCUUCGGACGAACGCGGAGACGCCCAGACGGGGCCGAAGGGGUUGCCUGUGCGUGCGGCGCCCGCGCUUCUGUGCCGAACAUGGGAUGGGAUGAAGGCAGAGAAAGACGCAAAUGCAGCGGAAGACAAUCGCCUCCUCGAAGCGGCCCGCAUACUCUAUGACGCAGGCGACGAAGUCUUCUUCGACGCCCAGGGCCGCGAGCGCUUCAUCUGCUCCCACCACUUCUGCGUCUCCUGCCACACGCUGGAGCUUCAGCACUUCACGUGGGAGACACACCUGCGUCAGCUGGCGCAGCUCGCCGACGAACUGCAGCUCCACGUGCCGCGCCUGACGGCGGACGCUUCGCCAGCGCCUGCCACGGCGCAGAGGAAGCGCCAGAGUGCAGAGACGAGCGUCUUGCAGUCCUCACCGAGCGGCGGCGCUCGCCGUGGUGCCUGCGGAGGCAGACCAAGCGCGACGGCUGGAUUCGGCCGAAGAGGGCUUCACGUGCGAGGGAGACGCGGCUGCGUCGGGACGGUUGGAGGCGCGCGGAAAUGCAAAAAGCUUCCUGCGAGGGCAGGGGCUCCAGACUCGAAUGGAGACUCCAGCCAGAGGCCUGACGGCGACGAAGAGGCGCCCCAAGACACGGAACCCGACGCAGCUGAAGAAGCGAGCCCAGACGCCCUCGCGUGCAGGCCCCUCCCCGCGGCUUCCGCGUCGUCUGCGGCAGCUGCCACGCGUCCGUCCGGCGAAGCGGCGAGCGUCUGGAGGAUCGUCACAGCAUUGGAGGAGCAGAUUUCUUUUGCACGCGCCUGUCUGGACUUCGUGAAGGAGUCGACGCGAGGGUGGACAGACAAGCGCAUCUUCGCAAAGCAAUACAAAUUCAGCCGGCCGGACCCCUUCCCAUCGCUGCUGCUCUCGCCGCUGGUGGAUAUUUGGGCCUGCGAGCUCUGUCGCACGUCGUUCUGCAGCCGAUGCGUGCCGCCCGCGGCGAAGAUCCUGAACGAAGCCUCAGGGUCGAUUCUCUGCGACUUUUGCCGCUUCUCCGCGAGCGUGCCGCAGCAGCGGCGCCUCGCGGACGGGCUAUUUGGGCGCGGGGACGGUGGCGAGGCCCGGCGGGCGCGCCCGCGAGGGACCGGCGGGCGCGGCCACGCCGGAGACGACUGGGCUCGAAGCAGCGACGGCGGCGCGGGCGACCGACGGCGAAAGCGCAAGCGACGGUGGGAAGAAGAGGAACGGAAACGCAUUGCCGACGUAGUCAAAGAGGUGCUCGCCGGCGCGGAUUGCGUCACCAGUCUGACAACGAAUCUUCGCCGUUUUCUCAGCAUCGACUCCGCGUCGCCGGCCCAGAAUCCGUACAUCGCCUCGCUGGCCGUGCGCGUCAUCGACGAGGCGGCGUGGGAGAGUUGCGCCAUCUUAGAAGACGAGGAGAGCUCCGAGGACUUGAGGGACUUUGACAGAGGCAAGGCCAAGUUCUCGGCGUCGUCGCCUUCGCCGUCUGAGGCGCUCGCCUCCUCGCUGCUGGCAGGCCGCUCUGCGGGGGCAAAACACCGGCAACACGCGUUCGCGCUGAAGGAUGCCUUCGGCGAGCGCGAGGAGGAGGAUCGCGACGAGGGUAAGCUGCGUGAGAAGGCGUGCGGCGAAAAGGCGGACGCGGGCGAGUGGCUCAAGUCGCACGAGCUCGGGUCGAAGCGCAAAGACGGGUCGGCGUCGAGCGGCUUCGGCGCGGAUCGCCUGAAUUUCCAGUUCACCACGAGUUGCAUCUGCGCGACGCAGUGCCGGAACCUGCUGCGGGCCCCGCGGACGGAGGGCGAGAUAUGCGUGUGCACGGGGAGCCGCUGUGACGCAGACUGUUUGAAUCGCAGCCGCGGAAUCCAGUGCGACCGAAAGCGCUGCAAAUUUGGGCCGGCGGACUGCGGGAAUCGCCAGUUCAAGCGCGGUGGCGGCUCAGGGUCGCAGGCCUUCUGCUUCGUGCAAGACUGCGGCGAGAAGGGCCUCGGCGUUUUUGCGCGCGAGCGCAUCGAAGAGGGGAAACUCGUCAUCGAGUACGUCGGCGAGGUGCUUGACUCGCAGCUUCUCGCGGCGCGCGUGCGCGCCUACACGCGGCAGGAGCUCGCGCGCGGCCAGCCGCAGCACUGGUACGUGAUGGAGGUGAUUCCUGGAGUCUACAUUGACAGUACGCGCGUGGGCAACAUCGCCCGACUCGUCAACCACAGCUGCGAGCCGAACUGCUCGCUGCAGCGCGUCAACGUGCACGGGACCUACCGCAUGGGCAUCUUUGCACUCCGCACGAUUCUGCCGGGCGAAGAGAUCUCCUACGACUACGGCUUCACGCGCAAAGGCUUCGGUCAGGGCUUCAUCUGCUUCUGCGGCAGCACCAAGUGCCGCGGACGUAUCGGCGGCGACAGCCGGCGGAACAAGUUCGCCGACGUCGCGGACAACGCCCUCAAGCGGAAGGAAGGCUUCGACGCGCUCCUCUGCCGGCAACUCUGCCAGGUCAUCACCUCCCAGAGCUUCUCCAGGGCCGAGCGCAUUCCGCCGCCCUCGCCUUACACGUGGAGACGCGACGGCGUCGGCACCAGUUUCCAAGCCAGAGAGUGGCUCGAAAAAAAACUCGUCGAGGGCGAGGCAGACAACCCCUUCUUCGCGCAGUUCAUCUUUGACUUCCACCUCUACGACGCGGCCGUGAACUUCGUUAAGCUCCUCUUGCUCGACGGGAAGACAGUCGAAGAAUUCGCCCGGAGCAAGACGAAAUCGCUAUGUAUGGACAUCCCUUGGAGUUUGCUGGCGAGUGACUUCAACGACAAAGGCAUGACGCAGGCCACACGGCACUCCAUCCUCACUGAAGAGCGCCUGAACAAGGCGAAGAAAUUCUUUCUCUCUAACAUGGCUGUUCGCGCUGCUGCGGUGUCGGGCCGCUCAGCGCAGACAGCUCUUCAGGACCUCGUCGAUCUCAAUUGGGGCGCAACGGAGAUGUGCUCGCUGUGCGACAGCGAAGGCGUCGUGAGCGUGUGCGAUUCCUGCGCCGAGGCGUAUCACGCAGACUGUGCGGAACUGAGCCAGGACGACGAAGGCCACUCUCUGUGCCCCGCGUGUCUCCUCUCCGAUUCAAGGCGGCAGUGGCACCUCAUGAGCGAAGCUGAGCGGGUCCACGUGGGGGUGAGGCUGAAUGCCCUUCGGCUGCUGGAGACUCUCGCAAAGUCGCCUUUUCAAGAAAAGCUGUUCGCCCGCCGCGAGGCGGCCGCGACGGGCGACGCCGCGGAGGCGCCGAGAGACAAAAUGAAAGUGGAAAAAGGCGAGGAAGACUCGAAGGCCGCCCUGCUCUCCAAGGGUGCGGGACGCAGUGACACCUCAAAGAAGGGAGGAAAAGUAAAUGACCGGCUGGGCUCGGGUCCAUAUGAGAAAGGGAAAAACGGCGCAGCUGGCGCAGAGAGGCAGAUAUCGCCGGUUUUCGCUGGGCUCCACGUCAACGACAUUUGGUCAGCCUUCACGCUCCAGGACGAGGAGGAGGCCUCCUUUUUUGAAGCCGGCUAUCUGGAAGAGUAG